UGUCUGUUCUGUCAAACCCGCAGAAAUCCGAAAUUAUGUUAUUUAUAAAUAAAUAAAUUUAUUAUUGAAACAAAUCAAUUAACAAACAAACAAUGAGUGCCAAUAAAAAUAAGCCUGUCGUCGAUUCUGGCUUGUGCCGUUGCUGUGGAAAUAUAAAGAAGUGUCGGUUAUUGAACGUAGAAUACGAGUGGCUCGGACGAAGGGAAGUUUAUUGUGACAUGUUCGUGGAUUGUUUUGGACUUGUUCUGUCAAACCUGGACGUGGAACCGUCGGACUGUCUGAUCUGCGCCACAUGCGUGACCCGCUUGCGGGACGCCACCACGUUCAGGGAACAGGUGCUGUCGUGCGAGCAGAGGCUUCUGCAAUCUAAGAUAAUUGUGCACGAAGAUAAAAUAAAAGCCGAAUUGGAAAUAAAACGAGAGACGGAAGGAGACUCUGACCCGAAUGAUGCUGAUUAUUUACCAGAGGAAGACAGUGAUGGAGGUGUACAAAUAAAAUUGGAGUCACCACCAGAUGAGAAACCCAAGAAGCGAAUGGUGUCCAAAAGGAAACCAGCUAAGAAGGUAUCCGAUGACCACUUGAAGGCCAAGAACGAACUGAUGCUCACGAUCAAGAAGAUGAAAACGAAAUUGGAAAUUAUGAAUGCUGUUGAUGAUCCGUCAGAAGAUCUACCUCUAAAACCUUCAGCGGUACAGAAAUCCGUAGACAAGGAGAUCAACUCGCUACGCAACGCUGUUACCAUAGUGCAGAACUCUUUCGUGUGUCCGUUCCUGAACACUUUCAGUGACUACAAUUGUAUUUACUGCAAGGAAAUGUUCACAGAGGCGGACAAACUCAGAGAACACACGCUAACUCACGACCCUAGCGGCUACGAAGAAGCGUUAUACGAUAAAAAGUUACCCCAAAUCGAUAUAACCAAAAUCGAUUGUCGAUUAUGCCCAAUCACAAUCGAGAAUCUGCAAGAUUUGAAGGAGCAUAUAGUUACAAGCCACGGAAAAGUAAUUUAUAGUGAUGCGGACAACGAAUUCUUACAAUUCAAGUUAAAAUCUGGGAAGAUGGAGUGCGUAGAGUGUGGUGCAAGUUUUGGUUUCUUCCACGGCCUGAAAAGACACAUGGCUGAACAUUUCGGUACGCAUAUAUGUGAAUUGUGCGGUGCCCAUUAUUUUGAUCAGCACGGUUUGACUAUGCAUAUGAAGAGUCAUGAAGUCAAAAUGGAUUUUCCAUGUGACCAAUGCGGGAGGGUGUUCAAGUCAAAACAUGGUAGGAAUUAUCAUGUUACACACAUGCAUAAUAAGCCUCAAUAUCCGUGUUAUAAGUGCGAUGAGAUUUUGUUUUCUUACUCGAAGAGGUAUCGGCAUAUGAUAGAUGUUCACGGUGAGACUAGAUCGUUUGCUUGUGAGAACUGCGACAGAGUGUACGAUAGUAGGAAAGGAUUAAGGGAACACAAUAGAAGAACGCAUUUGAAGGUAUUAAGGCACGAAUGCACGGUUUGCGAUAAGAAGUUCUACCAACCGUCCGCUCUGAAAGAUCACAUGACUUCUCAUACCGGUGAAAGGAAUUUUAGGUGUGAAUAUUGUGGGAAAACGUACCCUAGGAUGAGGGCAUUAAGGGUGCAUCUUCAGUCGCACGACAGCGAGAAGAGAUAUAAGUGUAGUUUGUGUAAUGCCGCGUAUACACAAGCGAAUAAUUUGAAGAAUCAUAUAAAAACAAAGCAUCACGGUUUUGAUGUAAAAGAUGAUGUGGAAUAGUGCAUGUGACGACUUCUGUAUAGGUAACAUGCAUCGUCUUUAUCACUUACGGGGUAAAUAAAGCCCACAAGUCUCGAAAAAAGGCCAUAUUCAGCUGUCUUAAUGACGUAAUUGAGAUAAUAACAGGUUGCUAAGUAAUGUAAUUUUUCAAAAUUCCCACGGGAAUUUCAAAUGAUUGUCCGAGCUCACAGAAACUAAUUAGAUCUAAAUAGUGUAAUUAUAAGUAAAAGAUUAUGAUCUGUAUA